CUUUAACUUGAAGCUUUUAAGCGAAACUAGGUUGUGUGUUGGGCAUGUGCAAUAAUCGUGUCGUCUACAUUUCUAGAAAGUUAUUUAGAUAAAAUAAAUAAUGGCUACUGAAGAUGAUUUUGGGAAUGAAACGGAAGUUUUAAAUGGAACUGGACUAGUAGGACGAGGCUUUACAGAAUUUGAUAUUGAGAAUCCGGACAGAGUCAAAGAAAAUGACCCCGAAGUCGUCGAAGAUUACUCCAAGAAAGUUAUUAUAUACGGUGUGAACGAAUCCCCGCCAAUUCAUAUCAUGUUGGUGUGUGCUCUUCAGCAAGGACUGUCAGCGUUGUCAGGGCAACUGAUAGUAGCAGUCAUGGUUGCUGAGGUCGUCUGCGCAUCUAACAAUGACGUGUUUAAAGCCAGAAUUCUCAGCUCUACUAUGUUCAUGGCAGGCGUUUCAACUAUUGCGAUGAACGUCAUUGGAAUUAGAUUACCAUUAUUUCAAGGAGGAACAGUUAUGUACGUGGUACCAUUAAUGUUAAUGUCUGACCUGGGAGGAUCUUUCUGUUCAUCAACAUUAGACCAAACUUCUUCAAACAUGACACAUGGAAAUGUAUCAUCUGGUGAAUCAGAUGAGUCGAUGGAAAUAAUACUGACCAACGUCAGAGCGUUACAAGGUAGCCUGAUGGUUGCCGGAUGUGUACACGCACUGAUGGGAGGCCUGGGACUCAUUGGGUUUCUUCUGAAGUUUAUUGGACCACUAACUAUAGUACCCACAAUGAUACUCCUCUUUGUUUUUAUGAUCAAGGCUUUCCUUAAGUUUGUCACUGUUAGCUGGCCCAUAUCAAUCUCAACAAUGGCGGUGUCUGUUAUAUUGUUUUUGUACCUGUCACGUUAUAACAUGCCCAUUCCAGUAUGGACACCUUCUGGGGGAUGUAGAAUUAUACGAUAUCCUUUACACCAAAUAUUCUCUAUUUUGAUAGCACUGUUAGUGAAUUGGUUACUGUGUGGGAUACUAACGGCAUACGAUGUGUUCCCUAACGACCGGUCACACAAAAGCUACAAUGCUCGGACUGACGCGAGAGUAGGCGUUAUAUAUGACAACCCAUGGUUUACAUUUCCAUAUCCAGGUCAGUAUGGACCUGUGAGCAUCAGUGUACCUGCUACAGUGGUCUUCAUAAUUGCUACAUUCAUCUCUAUUCUUGAUUCAAUUGCUGACUACUACGCAUGCGCACGAGUAAGUCGCGUGCCACCACCACCAACGCAUGGGGUAAACAGAGGUAUCUUAAUUGAAGGUAUAUGCAGCUUUCUCUCCGGAACUUUCGGCUGUGGUCACGCUACAACAACAUAUGGUUCAAAUGUUGGCUCGAUUGGCGUCUGCAAGGUAGCUAGUAGGUCAGUUUUUGUAUACACUGGAGUUCUGUAUAUCAUAUUUGCUGUUUUUGGGAAGUUCUCUGCAGUAUUUAUUGCAAUACCUGACCCGGUGUUAGGUGGAACCCUGUUUGUCAUGAUUGGAAUAUUCAUUGGCGUUAUGAUCGGAAAUCUAGAGGUAACUUCAAUGUCUUCGCCAAGAAAUGUUGCGAUUCUCGGCCUUUCUAUAUGUGUAGGAUUUGCUAUUCCUUUUUGGGCACAGGCAGAAGAAACACCUGUAGAGUUUGGGAAUGAAAAAGCAAACCGACUUGUUGGAAUGUUCCUCAAGAACCCGAAUUUAGUUGGAACUCUUCUUGCUUGCUUUCUUGAUAAUACUGUUCCAGGAACAAGGAAAGAAAGAGGAAUUAUAUUAGAUGAAUCGGACGAUACAGAAACCAGUAAAGAUUAUUAUAAUGAAGGGUAUGAAGUCUACAGGCCACUGCUACCAGCACGUAUACUACGGUGGAAACUUAUGAAAUAUAUCCCGUUUCUACCAUAUGAACAACAUUAAAAGACACCUGUUAAAAAAUAAACUUAUUACUAAAUCUAUGACUAUUUAUCUCAAAUAGUUAUCAAUUUAAGGAAAUACUCCACUGAUGCUUUUUUUUAACAUGCUGGGACUGAAAAUAUUUUUUCCAAGAUAUAAAAGUUCCAUUUGAUAUACUAGUAGGUCUAGACCAAUAACUUACGUGCAAACUUUCAGGUCAUUUGCCCACUCCCUUUUUUUCUGAAAAAAAUUCAAAUUGUGAAAAAUGAUCCAAAAUUAAAAAGCGUUGCCAUGUUUUUUUUACUAAAAUCGAGAUAAGAAUAGCAUAAAAAUACGCUUUUCAAUUUAUACUGAGUAUAUUUCUGAAUUAUCUUUUGCUUAUCGCUCUGCUUAAAGUGACCAAGCUCAUCUAUGUACGAUAUUCAAAUUUCUUUUUGGACCUCGGUGGAGUUCCUUUAAUAUCACGAAAGAUUACAUCUCUGAUUAUACACUGAAUAACAGAGAAAAGAAAUUGUUUGGUUCAGUAUAGUUAUACUCUUUUUACAUUUUAACAUGAUGGUGAUAUUAAACCGUUGUAUGAAUAAGCACAAUGGAAAAGUCGUGCAAGGUGGUGCAAGUACUACAAUAAAUUGUGUACAAGUAUACUGUUUUCACAUUGCAUAGUACGAACAUAAACCUAUUUCUAACCUAAAAGAGUGUAAAUGAAAUGAUUAUAUUCAAUCUAUAUUAAAACAUC